UCCUGCUCCUUUAAAAUAUACUACUAUAGAACAAGGGUAGGGUUCUCUUUAUCUUAUUUGAAGGUAAAAAAUCCAUUGGAAGAUUACUCAGGAUUUUGAGGAAAUAUUAGCUGAUUGAUCUCAGGUUUGCAGUCCUCCCCAGCUUUGGAGAAUAAGCCUUCCAUUGCAUUAGUAGUAAGGAAGAGUUUCAAUGGAUCCAUCUGUGGUCAUUGCUCUUGGCUUACUGCUCUGUAUCUCAUGUCUGCUUCUCAUUUCAUCAUGGAAAAAGGGCUUUGGAAGAGGAAAGCUUCCACCUGGUCCUGUUCCUCUUCCCAUUAUUGGCAAUAUACUGCAGUUGGACCUUAAGAACAUCCCAGAAUCACUUUGCAAGCUAGCCAAAGAAUACGGCCCAGUGUUCACUCUGCAAUUGGGUGUUGAGCGUGUUAUCGUGUUACAUGGGUACAAGGCAGUGAAAGAAGCUCUGAUUGAUCAUGGGGACAUGUUUGCUGACAGAGGACAUGUACCAAUUUUGAAAGUCAGCAAUGGAUUUGGAAUUGGUAUAAGCAAUGGAGAGAGAUGGAAGCAUCUCCGCCGAUUUUGCCUCAUGACCCUGAGGAAUUUUGGGAUGGGGAAGAGGAGCAUGGAAGAACUAAUCCAAGAAGAGGCGAAGUAUCUUGUGGAGGAGUUAAAGAAAACAGAAGGAUUACCAUGUGACCCUACCUUCAUCCUUGGGUGUGCUCCUUGCAAUGUAAUCUGCUCUUUCAUUUUCCAGAAACAUUUUGAAUAUAAAGACCAGAAAUUUCUUUAUUUAAUGAAGCUUUUAGUUGAGAACAUCAAGAUCUUAAGUUCCCAGUGGAUUCAGGUCUACAAUUCUUUUCCAUCUCUAGUGCAUUAUCUCCCUGGAUCUCACCACAAAGCAAUUAAAAAUUUUGAUUUUCUACAUGAAUUUAUUUUGGAAGAAGUGAAGGAACACCAAAGGACACUGGACCCCAGCAAUCCUCGGGACUUCAUUGACUGUUUCCUGAUGAAAAUGGAACAGGAAAAGCAACAACCACAGUUUGCAUUUACCAUUGAAAACUUGGUCCACACGGUAGCUGAUCUAUUUAUAGCAGGAACAGAGACAACCAGCACCACCCUGAGAUAUGGACUCCUGAUUCUCCUGAAACAUCCUGAGAUAACAGGAAAACUUCAUGAAGAAAUUGAUCGUGUGAUUGGCCGAAAUCGAAGUCCCUGCAUGGAGGACAGAAACAAGAUGCCUUAUACCAAUGCUGUGGUACACGAGAUACAGCGGUACAUUGACCUUGCUCCAACCAACCUGCCCCAUGCAGCGUCAGAAGAUGUUCAGUUUAGACAAUAUCUUCUCCCCAAGGGUACCACCAUAGUACCAGUAUUGUCUUCUGUUCUGUAUGAUGAUGAAGAGUUCCCCAAUCCAGACCAGUUUGACCCAGGUCACUUCCUAGAUGAAAGUGGCAACUUCAAGAAGAGCGACUAUUUCAUGCCUUUUUCAGCAGGAAAACGGAUAUGUGCUGGUGAGGGCCUGGCUCGAAUGGAAUUAUUUUUGUUUUUUACUACCAUCUUACAGAAUUUUACCUUGAAAUCUCCUAUUGACCCAAAAGAUAUUGACACCACCCCAACUGCCAGUGGGUUAGCCAAACUGCCCCCCUCCUUUGAGCUCUAUUUUCUACCUUCCUAAAGCAUGUGAAGGACCAUCCAUAGUUCUAAGUACUCUACAGUUUCCUCAUGUGCCAUGGACAAGCUGUAUUUAUUCCAUUGCCUGACAAUGAAAGCCCUCUAUGAUCUCAGUCCAAUAUACCUUUCUAGAAUAAUCUAAUACUCUCUUUGACUUUUACCAAAACCAUUCCUUAGUUUUCCCCAAUUCCAUGUUCCCCAGAAAUUCCCUGUUCCUAUAAUAUUUCUUCUCUUCAACUGCACUAAUUGUAAUCCUCCCCACACUUCACAUCACAAUUUAGAUGCCAUAUCCCUGUGAACUCUUUAGCACUUAUAAUCUGUAAUUCACAAUGUAAGACUGAAUUAUAUACCCAUCUUA